GUGUCUUCAGAAGACAUAUCCUUCACAACUCCCAUCCCUUGGUGUCAUUCUCAUAUUCAUGAAUGAAGCUCUGUCCAUUAUACAACGGGCCAUCACUAGUGUCAUCAACCGCACCCCCUCUCAUUUGUUAAAGGAGAUCAUCUUGGUGGAUGAUUUUAGCUCAAAUGGAGAACUAAAGGCAUACUUGGAUGAGAAGAUUAAACUUUACAACCGGAAGUAUCCAGGACUACUAAAAAUAAUUCGGCAUAUGAAGAGAAAGGGUCUUGCUCAAGCACACAACACUGGCAGGAAAGUGGCUACAGCUGAUGUGAUUGCCAUCUUGGAUGCUCAUGUUGAAGUGAACAUUGGGUGGGCGGAGCCCAUUUUGGCUCGGAUUCAGGAAGACCACACUGUAAUUGUGUCUCCUGUGUUUGACAAUAGUCAUUUUGACACCUUUGAACUGGAAAAGUAUGCACUGGCAGUUGAUGGCUUUAACUGGGAACUAUGGUGCUGCUAUGAUCCACUGCCAAAGGCCUGGUUUGAUCUGCAUGAUGCCACCGCUCCAGUGAAGAGUCCUUCCAUCAUGGGCAUCCUGGCUGCCAACAGGAUCUUUUUGGAAGAGAUGGGAUCUCUGGAUGGUGGGAUGCUGGUCUAUGGAGAAGAGAACGUGGAGCUUAGCUUGAGG